AUGGUCCAAGCAAAACGUGAAGAUUAUGAUCUUGAUCCUUUGGUAAUGGUUGUAGAAUGGAAUGAGUGUGGAAUUUGUGCUAAUUAUCCAACAUCCAUUCGGCAGUUUUUAUCUCCACGUUUCGCUAUUCCAGCAUGGGAAAACGAACAACGAAAUUAUUCAAUGGUCCAAGCAAAACGUGAAGAUUAUGAUCUUGAUCCUUUGGUAAUGGUUGUAGAAUGGAAUGAGUGUGGAAUUUGUGCUAAUUAUCCAACAUCCAUUCGGCAGUUUUUAUCUCCACGUUUCGCUAUUCCAGCAGUUGUACCUACUCUAUCUGAAUCUCUUUUUUGUGCUGAUGGUCUUCAUGUUCUUCAAAAAUAUUUUAAUAUCGUUGAUGAUCUCCAAAGGCAUUAUGCGUUCAGAAAUGUACCUUCAUUGGGUCGUGUAUAUCUUGUAUCAGUAACAAGAGCAAAUGUUGCAGAUAUCCAAGAAGUUCAUAAUGUAUUUAGUAUUAAUUAA